GUCACGUGAGCGCCAGUCUGCUUGCUUCCGGUAUGGUGAAACCGCAGCUCCACCCAACGGAGGCGUCCAAAAAAAAACAUCGUCGCACUCUUCACCGUCGUGCCUCCAUCGUGAUCGUGCGUCUUUGGCCCGCUCGGACUCCGAAAAAGAAACAGGUUCUGAGUGCGGGCUAUUGUUGCCAUGAUGUCCAAGAAGACCGCAAAUCGCCCAUGCGAGCCGGACGUCCAGGUGGACGCGGCCAUCAUCCGGAUCCCGCCUCACCACUACAUUCACGUGCUGGACCAGAACACCAACAUCGCCCGUGUCGAGAUUGGCCCGCAAACAUACUACCGCCAGGACAAUGAAAGGGUUCUGUUCGCACCCGUCCGCAUGAUCAUGGUGCCUCCGCGCCACUACUGCGUGGUGCUCAACCCGGUGGCGUGCGACGACAACGGCCGCGUUCUGUUCGAUGCCUCCGGCCAGGCUAAGCUCAGGCACGCUGACCUGGACAUCCGGCUCACCAGGGAUCCCUUCCCGCUUCACCCUGGCGAGGAGAUCCAGCAGGACGUGACCCCCCUGCAGGUUGUUUACCCCAACACGGCGCUCCGUCUGCAGGCGCUGCUCGACUUCCUGGACGGCGGAGAAAAGCGUGUGGCGGGAGACGAGUGGCUCUUUGAGGGACCCGGCACGUACAUCCCGAGGAAGGAGGUGGUUGUCCUGGAGACCAUCAAGGCCACGGUGAUCGGCGAGAACCAGGCCAUAAGACUGCGUGCGCGCAAAGAGGGCGUUGACCGCGGGGGAGUGCUCCGGGUUACAGGUGAGGAGUGGCUGGUGAGCAAGGUGGGCGCGUACCUGCCGGGCGCCCACGAGGAGGUCAUCGACAUCGUCAACGCCUUCAUCCUGACGGACAAGAAAGCGCUACACGUGCGCGCACUUCGACCUUUCCGCGACGCGGGAGGUCACGAGCGACGCACGGGAGAAGAGUGGUUGGUGACCCUGGAGGACCGCGAAGCUCAUGUGCCGUCGGUGGCGGAAGAAGUGGUGGGCGUGGUCGACGUCACUACGCUCAGCUCGCGCCAAUAUUGCGUCAUUUUGGACCCAGUCGGACCCGACGGGAAACCUCAGCUGGGCCAGAAGAGGGUGGUCAAGGGGGAGCGCUCCUUCUUCCUGCAGCCAGGCGAGCAUCUGGAGCAAGGAAUUCAGGACGUGUUCGUCUUGUCUGAAGAGGAGGGCCUCGUCCUGCGCGCCAUUGAGGCCUUCACCGACACCCAGGAGCACUCCCCCUUUUCCUCCUCGCCCCGUCCCCCUUCCCCACGCACGAGCUCGCUAACCCUGGUCUCCGCCCUCCUGCCCCGUUCUCUCUGCCAGCGCGAGGAGGCGGACUCCGACGAAGAAGAAGAAGUCGAGCGAAGCAAGCGUCGCCGUCACGGCGCCGUGAACCGUCGCCCCGGCGACCGCUGGAUGCUGCGAGGCCCCGUCGAGUACGUGCCCCCCUCCCAGGUGGAGGUGGUACUUAGGCGCCAGGCCAUCCCGCUGGAUGAGCACGAGGGAAUCUACGUCAGGGACAUCAAGACCGGAAAGGUGCGCGCCGUGAUCGGCCAGACUUACAUGCUGACCCAGGAUGAGGAGCUAUGGUCUAAGGAGCUCCCUGCCAACGUGGAGGACUUACUGGCGUCCCCCCGAGACCCUCUGGCCGACCGCUCCAACAGGAGGAACCUGACUGAGGAUCUGGGGGGCAAAAACCGCGACAAGACCCUGGUGGUCUCCUUCCGGGUCCCACACAACGCCGCCGUCCAGGUUUACGACUACCGGGCCAAGAAGGCCCGCGUGGUCUUCGGGCCCGAGCGAGUCAUGCUGGGGCCUGACGAGCAGUUCACCAUCCUGUCGCUGUCCGGCGACAGGCCCAAACGUGGCAACGUCAUUAAGGCCAUCUGCCUCCUGCUCGGACCCGACUUCUUCACCGACAUCAUCACCAUUGAGACCGCCGACCACGCCAGGCUGCAGCUGCAGCUCUCCUACAACUGGCACUUUGACGUGAAGCCGCCCGUGGACGCCGCGGAGGCUGCCACUCUCUUCUCGGUGCCGGACUUUGUGGGUGACGCCUGCAAGGCCAUCGCGUCACGGGUUCGAGGCGCCGUCGCCUCCGUGCAGUUUGACGACUUCCACAAGAACUCCAACCGCAUCAUCUACUCGGCCGUGUUCGGGUUCGACGAGAAGCUGGCCGUGCGGCCCAGUCUCCGCUUCCACCAGAACCGACUGGUCAUCAGUAGCGUCGACGUCCAAUCGGUGGAACCCGUCGACCAGCGCACGCGUGACUCCCUGCAGAAAAGCGUCCAACUAGCCAUUGAGAUCACCACCAACUCGCAGGAGGCCGCCGCCAGGCAUGAAGCCGAGCGUCUUGAGCAGGAGGCUCGCGGGAAGCUGGAGCGGCAGAGGAUUACUGACCAGGCGGAGGCCGAGCGAACCAGGAAGGAGCUCCUGGAGCUUGAGGCCCUCAGCGCCGCCGUGGAGAGCACCGGCGCCGCCAAGGCCGAAGCCCAGUCCCGAGCCGAAGCGGCCCGCAUCCAGGGCGAGGCGGCCGUCCACGAGGCUAAGCUGAAGGCCGAGGCUCAGCGCAUCGAGGCUGAUGCGGAGCUUGAGCGGCUGGCCAAGGCUCGCCAGCAGGAGUUGGGCUACAAGAAGCAGAUGGACCUGCUGGAAGUGGAGAAGCAGGAAAAGCUGACUAACAUCCAGAGCGAGCACUUCCGCCAGCUUGUCACCAGCCUGGGCAGCGACACCAUCGCCGAACUGGCGCGCGCCGGACCCGAGCUACAGGUGAAAAUGCUGCAGGCGCUUGGCCUCAAGUCCACGUUGAUCACGGACGGCUCCUCCCCCAUCAACCUCUUCACCACCGCCAACGGCCUGCUGGGGGCGCUGCCGUCAGCUGCGCAAUGAUGCUACACUGGCCAGAGAAGUGGAAACGCACCAGAGCAAAAUCAUAUCAUCGCUAAACAAAAAUUGCGCAAAUAUACCCAAGAUGAAGGAGAAGGCCAUCUUUACGUAUAUAGGCACUGCUUGUACCUGUCUGUCUCUUUAAAGGAAAUAAAUCCUAUGCAAAAUCAA